UGUCAUCUCUACCGAGCCAACAAGAACGAUACGACACGCUGCUCUUCACCUCUACCUUCUCAUCUCUUUCACUCUAAAAGGGUAAAUCCGUCUUUAAAUUCUACACUCACCUGAAGAUAUUUAUCUCCUGUUUUCUUCUCUUUUUAUUAUUAUUUCUUCUCAGUUUUCUGUUUAAACUUCUGUUAUUUACUUACCCAUUUGAUGUGAUUGGUCUAAUUAUUAUUCCUGGUGUUUAUAGAUCUAGAUCUUUAAGUUUCUUGGGUUAUUGAUGAGCAAAUCUGAUGUCAUCAUGUUGUUGGAGUGUGAUCUAUCUUUGUUUUUACUUUAUAAGUUCAAAGAAAGAGGAAAGAUGAUUACUUUUGUAUAAAGAUUGUGUUUUUUAUCUUGAUUUGAUUAGGGUUCUAAUAAAGUUUCAAUCUUGAUUAGUAAUUUCAUGCAUAGAUGUGCAGGUUUGACUUUCAAAGCAAGAUAUAGAUCAUAAGAGUUCAGUUCAGUUCAUCUGUAUUUUUAUUUUUUAUUUUUUUAUAAAAAUUAAGUCUUGUUAAGUUUUUGACUUUUGGAUUUUGAUUUAUCUGCUUAAUAAUAUUUAACUUAAUGUCAUUAUCAAAUUUGAUGAGUAAAGAUAAUGUUCAUAUCUCAAGCUUCACUUUGAAGUCAAACAUGGACUUUUUUUAACUUAGGCAUUAUUAUACUUUUUUUACCUUUUUCAUCAAUUCAAGAUUUAAUAUUAUCAUAUUGUAUGUUGUAGUUAUAUUAAAGUUGAAGUAACAUUAGAAAAAAUGAUGUUGUAGUUACUAAUUUUGGAUUUUUGACUUAUGAAUGUUGACUCACUUUUUCCCUAUUUUGGGUUGAUUUUGCAUAUGGGUAUAAAGAAAUCAAGCUCAUAGGGAUUCAAGAUUAUAUUUUGUUUGAUCUUGAACAAACAAUGAGUUCAUUUAUCAACUUUAAGAACUAUGGUGACACAUCACAGCCAGAGCUCAAUUGCAGUAAACAAAUGGUUGCAAAUUCCCCUUUGACCCGACAGUCAUCAAUCUACUCGUUGACUUUCGACGAGUUGCAAAACACUUUAGGUGGUGGUGGGAAAGAUUUUGGAUCAAUGAACAUGGAUGAACUGUUAAAGAACAUAUGGACUGCUGAAGAAAGUCAAUCGGUUGCAUCAACUUCGAAUUUUGGAGUUGACGCAAAUGCCCCGAAUAGUGGGAACAUUCAACGACAAGGGUCGUUGACUUUGCCGAGAACACUUAGCCGGAAAACCGUCGAUGAGGUGUGGCGGGAAUUGCUUAUAAGUAAUGGUAAUGGGGUUAAAGAUGGCGAUUUGAUCGGUCAAGCGAAUAUACAACCGCAAGAAAGAGAACCGACGUUAGGUGAGAUGACACUUGAGGAUUUCUUGCUGAAAGCAGGGGUAGUAAAGGAAGAUCACCAAGUUCAAACGGGUUCUCGACCCGUGGUACAUCAAAACGCGUCGUUUUUCGGCGAAGUUUCACAACCGAAUGUCGAAAACAGUAGUUUUAUUUUUGGGUUUCAGAACCCGAAUCAGAAUCAAGGGUUUAACGGGCCAACUGUUAACCGAAUCGCGGAACCUAAAACAGGGGUGACCCUGCACCCAACACCAACACCCAAACCGACACCAAAACCGCAGCCUAUUUUUCCCAAACAAGCUGCUUUGGACUUUACGGCACCGUUGACCGGUCAACUGGCUAGCCCCGGGGCUAAACUUGGGAAAUUUGAGAACCCGGUUAAGACUAGUGUGGUUCAAGCAAGUGACCUGGACAAUGGAGUGAUCAACAUAAAAACACUUGGGGCUAUUUCGGUAAACUCUCCGCGGGGUUUGAUUCCGAAAAGUAAUUUGGAUUCAACUCCGUCGCCCCCGUUUUAUGCAUUUGGUGAAGGCGAUCUGCGUGGGCGGAAAACCAGUGGGACUCUAGAGAAAGUGGUGGAGAGAAGGCGGAGAAGAAUGAUUAAGAACCGAGAGUCUGCUGCACGGUCUCGGGCUCGAAAGCAGGCGUAUACUUUGGAAUUGGAAGCUGAAGUUGCAAAACUUAAAGAAAUCAACCACGAGUUGCGUAAAAAACAGGAAGAGAUCAUGGAGAGGCAGAAUAAUCAGGUAGUGGAGAAGUUGAAACUGCCAUGGGGAAACAAAAGACUAUGCUUACGAAGAACAUUGACUGGACCUUGGACCAGAUUAGCAAGCACAUGAUGUUGUGUGCAACUUCUUUUUGAGAGGCAUCCUAUUUGUAAGUUAUUGAUCAGAUGCAAACUGUGGCAUGAAUCUUUGUUUGGUUGGACAGUUUAUUAUUGUACAAAUACCUUGUUUCAGUGUUUUGUUUUAAGAA